UCCGCUCGACGAUGGAGAGACUGGCAUUAUUUCGCAAGGGAAUACACGGUGGUUGAUUGUACAAUAGAUUGCGUGAUUGAGCUUUUGCUCGAUUAGUUGAGACUGUCAAGUCAUUGAAAGACAGUUCGACCCAUAUCAAUCCAAAGCACGAUGGAGGACAACCACAUCUACCAGUUCUCGCUCCUCAAUGCUCUGAUGGACGGCGUAUGUGAGUCAGGCAUAACUGUGUCAAAGUUGGCCAGUAGAGGCAAUCAAGGUCUCGGCACGUUUGUGCGCAUGGACGGGGAACUGGUCAUGCUUGACGGCACGGUGUACCAGCUACAACCCGAAGGCAAGGUUCGCGUAGCCGACGAAAGCGACCAAAUUCCGUUUGCUGUGAGCACCCAAUUUGUUCCGCAGCGAACGAGCAAGGUCCAAUUGAAGGACAAGGAUGGCAUCGAUGAGGCGCUGAACAGCUUCAAUGACCACGCAAAGAAUCUUUUCAUGACCUACCGCAUCAACGGCCAUUUCAAGUACCUCAAGUGCCGGACUGUUCGCGGCCAGGAGUACAAAGGUCAACCACUUGCUGAGCUUGGCAAGAAGCAGUCCGUGGAGACCUACGACGAUGUGGACGGCACCAUCAUCGGAUUCAGGACGCCGAAGAAUUGGCAAGGCUUUGGUGUGGCGGGCGAGCAUCUCCACUUCAUCAAGAAGGACCGGAGCGCCGGAGGCCAUGUACUUGAGGUGCAAGCGGAUGGUCUCGAGAUGCAGAUGGCGGUGGCGAGUAACGUGCAUGUGGAGCUACCAACAAGUGAGGACUUCAACGCCGCAAAGCUGGUGACGGACGACGCUGGCGUUCAGCAGGUAGAGGGUUGAGAAAUGCCAUACUAGAUGGUUGGCAUUCAUUCUUGAAGCAGAAUGCGGAGCUCUGGGCUGGCGUCCCUUGUUGAUACAUCGUACUCCAAACCGACUUUCGCAGGUAUGGACUGCCGCAGAGUCUCUGGUGGAGAGCGAUAGCGAUUAAAAGCUGUAUGGCACGGGACAUCGCAGACCAAUUUAGCCACGCGCACAUGCGCCAUGUCGCUACGUCUCAGCAUACGACUUCGGUUCGGCGCGGGCAAGCCUUCGCGACCUCCUGCCCGCAGCCACUGUGG